CGAAUUGGUUUUUCACCCGCAAUUUAUAGCCAGGAUAAGCAGAUUUGGAUGCUCUCCGAUACCUAAGCUCCACUUCCAAGUCUCCCCACUCUUCCUAAAAUUCUCUCUCUAUAUAUACACAUACACAACGAUUAAGGGAAAUCAGCUGUCUGAAUUCUACCAUGAAGAGGGAAUCAACCAAAGAGGGUCAAAGAGGCAAUGCGACCAGACCCUUUCACCAGGGACAGAUGCUGGAUGCAAAAGUGGGAUUAGAGAGACAAGGCAACAAAAAAAUGAGACUCCAGUCCCAUGAGCAAGACAUGGAAAUUAGUUGUGAGGACAAACCUUUGCCAUUGACUUUUGAAGGUCUUGAGCGGAAAUUCCGGGGUGAAAUUAUGAAACUGAUGAAGGAACAGUGUGAUGCAGAAGAUUUAGAAAAUGCUAGGCACAGAGAGAAAAUAAAUAAUAUUAAAACCCGAUAUGGGCAGAAACUAUCGUCACUCCAGGACAAACAAGCCAAUCAUAGCCAGGAUGAAAUUGUGAAGCUGAUGAAGGAACAGUGUGAUGCAGAAGAUGCAGAAAAUGCUAGGCACAGGGAGAAAAUAAAUGAGAUUAAUACCCUAUAUCGGGAGAAACUACCAUCGCACCGAACCAAACAAGCCAAUCGUAGAGAAGAGUUGCUGCACAAGGAAUUGCAGACACAGCAACACCAAUAUCAGCAAGCUGAAAUGGACCACCACCUGACCAACACGGCCCAGUGGGACCCUUAUGAUUAUGGUGGGGCUGCAGUGGCAGAAGCACAAGCGCAUAAAGCGUAUUCCGAUGAUCUUUGCAACAAUACUGGUCCCUGUGCUUGCUAUCAGACAUUUGAGUGAAACCCUAUCCCUUGGUCAGACAUUUUACUGAUCUCAUCUUUUGCUUUAGUUGAUGUUCAUGGACUAGAUAUGCAGCAGUCAACUGAAUAUGAACCAUCAAUUUCAAAACUGGCUGUAAAUGGCCAUAAUAUAUAGUUCCUCGCAUUUUUAGGUCCAGAAUGAACCCCCUUUCUUUUGCCUAGUCUAUUAUUUUCGUGUUGAAGUUGCAAAUCUUUUCAACCCAUGAGACGGAAUUGGUUCAGUGUCAAGAUCAGAUAUUUCUAAACAUUAGAUUCUUUGGUGUAUGAUGCGAUUCUAAAUCUUCUUGUGGUGGCAUACUGGCAUGUAAUUUAAUGAGUCAUGACAAUACAUAUAUAUAUAUAUAUAUAUAUAUUUCAUAGUUA